AUGUCGCCCAUCCUACCCAAAGUCACCCCACCAGAGGUCCUGAUGGCCUAUACGGGAUUGUACAGAGACGAUACGGGCGCGCGGAUUGCUGUCACCCUCGAUGCAGGUCAACUGCGCAUCGGCUACUUCACUGGCACGCCCAGCAUCCUCACCAAAAGCAUCGACAUCAGCAUCGACCACUUCCGCCUCAACCAUGUCGAAGGAGAUACCGAGGAGGAGCUCAAGCUCAACUCCAAGGUCAUGGCAGUAGCGAUUGUCCUGCGUGCCAAAGACACGGUCAUGUUCAAGGUCAAGAAGGGCGAGAUUGUGGGCUUGUCAGUCGACGGGAAGGCAUAUGAGCGUACCAAGAGAGGCGCAUGCCGCAUCCUGGAGCUCUCUGCUGAGCUACGAAACCGCAUCUGGACAUAUGCAUUGAUGCAUGCAUCGGGUGGAGAUCGGGUUGUGUUGCAGCAACCUACACGGGAUGGCUACACUAUGAUCACAGGCGAUCUGAAGGAUGCCCGUCUGCUGGAAUUCGCCUCGAAUUCCCUGAUCUGCAGCAAUGGGUCUGCUCUUGUCAAGCUUCUGCGUCCUGUAAAGAAUCCGGAGAUAGUUCGAUGGCUACGCAAACUUGUCUUCAUUCCAAAUUGGGGAUGGGGUCGUUGGCCUGAGGAAAAGGUUCUGUACAGCGUCGUCGACUUCGCUCGCUUGGUGCCAGAUUGUCGUGUCAUGAUCAUUCCCUACUUAUGGCACAUAAAGGACAGCAAGUUCACAGCGGUGCGGGACUACAUCAAGAUGGGAAUAGCCCUUCGGCAGGCGAUGAGAGUGGAUGGUGGACGCAGGAUGCCUGCUGUUGUGGAUGCUGUGAAGCAUCUUCGCGCUGGCCGGACUGCAGAGGAAUUGGACUGCACAAAAAUCAAGUUCUAUCCAUUCAAAACCAAGACGGACACGACAAAGAGCCUGAAAUUGGCUUGCAAGUCCAGGGUCAUGGACCCUAUCCUGAUCUGGUACGUUGGCGAGGAUGGCAAGAAGGAGGCUGAGCACAUGAUCAAGGCAGACAUUCUGCGCUGGUUGAAAGAGGGAAUUUGA